AUGGCACUGCACUCGUUGCUUGUUGUUUUCCUUUGGCUGGCCGUCUCGGCCUGGUCUCUGCCCACGGAGAUACUGCGCCGAGCCACACCAUCUCAGCCAACAGCAGAUCCGUUUUAUACUCCGCCUGCCGGAUAUGAGACCAGCGCGCCAGGCACCAUUCUCGCCUCGAGGGCCCCUCCAGGCGGAAUCGCUGCGUUUUCAGCGGCGCCUCUCAACGUAGACUCUGCCUGGCAGAUCCUCUUCCGAACAACAGACAGCUUUGGAAAAGCCACCGCGGCAGUGACCACCAUUUUGAUCCCCAACAAUGCCGACUACACCAAGCUGCUGUCCUACCAAGUGGCAGAGGAUGCGUCUGACCCCAACUGUGCCCCGUCGUACGCCUUCCAACUCGGAGCUGCGACUGACGGAGCCCUGGGCUUGUUGAUGCCCCAAGCUGAGCUGCUUUUGAUCGAGACUGCCCUCGCUCAGGGAUGGGUUGUCGCUGUUCCGGAUCACUUGGGCCUCAAGGCUGCCUUCUUGGCUAACAACCUGUCUGGUCAAACGGUGCUUGACAACAUUCGCGCUGCUUUGUCUUCGACCGACUUUACCAAAAUCUCGUCAGAUGCAACCGUCGCCAUGUGGGGGUAUUCAGGAGGUAGUCUUGCCAGUGGCUUUGCCGCCGAGUUGCAGCCGUCGUAUGCGCCAGAGCUCAAUAUCGUGGGUGCAGCUCUUGGAGGAACCGUGCCGCAGAUCCUGCCUGUCAUCAAUGCGACAAACAAAGGCUUGUUUACCGGUUUGGUACCCUCGGGUAUCAUGGGCCUGGCCAACGAGUACCCUGAAAUCGACACUGUCAUUUCUGAGUAUCUGCUCCCAUCCAAGAAGGACGCUUUCGAAAAGGCCCGUUCUCAAUGCCUAGUUGGAGACAUUAUAGACUACCUUGGACAAGACGUGUAUUCAUAUGUCACAAACUCGAGUUUUUUGACAAACGAUGCUGUCACCAAAGUCCUCAACCAGAACAACAUGGGCCAGAACGCGCCAGAGAUACCGCUGUUGGUUUACAAGUCCUCCAAUGACGAAAUCAGCGAUGUCAAAUACACAGACAGCCUGGUCUCGACUUACUGCGCUGCCGGAACGUCUGUCGAGUACAAGAAGGACUUCCUGUCCGAGCACGGCACCAUGGCCGUCAUUGGUGCUCCGGAUGCAAUCCUGUGGCUGGAGGAUCGAAUGCGAGGAGUGCCCGUCAACACGAGCUGCUCUACGUCGUCUACUUUUACUAGCUUGUCAAACCCCAGCACGCUCGCUGUUCUGGGCGAGGUGCUGGUUAACGCGCUCCUGGACCUCCUGGGGGCACCCCCUGGACCUAUUGUUAUAGGUUAA